CUUCAGCGGGAAAAACAUCCACAUAGAUGUUGCGAGUGGUUCGUUGCAACCAUUCUCUGAGGAGGAAUGGGUGGCACACCAGCAAGAGAUGGUUGCAAAGGUGAGGAAACGCGAGACUAUAGUGACAGUAGUAUCAAGUCAAGAACAAGGAGGUGUUAAACUUCAAGGAGCCAACAUUACAGUUGAGCAAAUCUCUAGAGGAUUUCCCUUUGGAGCUGCCAUUUCUAAAGCCAUCCUUUCAAACCCCCAAUAUCAGGUGAUAUAGGUCUCGUUUGGAAACAACAUUUUCAAUUGACGUAAAUGCUGAAAGUGUUUUUGCCAAUGGUCAUUUGCAGGAGUGGUUCGUGAGGAAGAGAUUUGGGGUGACGGUGUUCGAGAACGAGCUGAAAUGGCCGGCAACGGAGCCGAUUCAGGGGAAAGUCAACUACACCAUCGCCGACGAAAUGGUAGAUUUCGUGACGAAGAACCAAAUCCUCUGCCGAGGCCACAACGUGCUGUGGCAGGACCCCAAUUUCACGCCGUCGUGGGUUCGCAACCUGACGACGUCGCCGGAUCUUCUCCGGCAGGCGGCGGAGUCCCGCGUCCGCGGCGUCGUGGGGCGGUACACGGACAAGUUCAUCCACUGGGACGUCAACAACGAGAUGCUCCACUAUGCCUUCUACGAGGAAUCUCUGCGUGAUCCAAACGCGUCCUUGGAAUUCUACAGGAUGGCUCAGGAGAUCGACCCCAACGCCACCCUGUUCCUCAACGAUUUCAAGCUCGUCGAGUCCUGUGGCCACCGGAGCAACGUCGACGCUUACGCCGCCAAAAUCAACGAGUUCCGGCGGGGCGGGAUCCGGAAUCUGGGGAUGGGAUUGGAGGGGCACUUCUUCGAUUCCCCCAAUCCGGUCUACACCAGAUCCGUUCUCGACAAAUUAGCAACCCUAGGAGUCCCCGUCUGGAUCACGGAGGCCGACACCACCGGGAAAUACGGGCCGGCGAGCCAGGCGGCGGAUCUGGAGAAGGUCUUGAGGGAGCUCUUCUCGCACCCCAGCGUGGACGGAAUCAUACUCUGGGUGGCGAUGAGCCCCGCCGGGACGUGCUGGCGGAUGUGCCUCACCGACGAGAACUUCAACAACACGCUCGCGGGAGACGUCGUCGAUAGGCUCCUCGGUGAGUGGUACACCGGCACGCUCGCCGGCGUCACAGACGGGGACGGGGUUUUUAGCUUCUCCGGCUUCUUGGGAACUUAUAAAGUGACGAUCGAACAUCCCUCCGGUAAUUCUUCUUGGACUGUAAUUUCGCUCACCAAAGGUGAGGAUCCUCUCCAUUUCCAAAUCCAGAUCUGAUAGAUUCAAACUGUAUUAUUCUUUGAUCUACAAUGGAGUAAUUUAAAGAAAAGAUUGAACUCUUUACAUUCAAAUCAAUCAUUUACAUUUCG